CAUAUACUGCUAAAUAAACACUCAUGAAGAUUUUAAAUCUCAACCAUAAAAGUCGUAUUCCUGUUAGUUGYCGGUUAUCAUGGAUUGCUUGCAUCUCUCUUCUCUUCGUCAUUUUACAAGCCAUAAUCAUGAUGCAUCAAAGCGUCAUUUGGUCAAAAAUGAAAUGUGCUGAUCCCUUCGAAUGUUUGAAAGGCGUUGAUGUCAAUACUGUCGUAAUUGUGGACGUCCAGGCUAAAGGUAUUGAUGGGGAAAAAGCUGGCGUUACUAGUACCAGUAUAACUAAUAACUUCACUUCAAAAAGCACUCCUAAUGAUGUUUCACCUGAUGUCCCUGCUGACGUCCCUACAGACGUCACUGCAAAUUUUACAGGUGAAAUCAUUGCUGAAGUCGUUACCGUAACACCUGCGAUAAACGCUCGUCGAUGUGGAAUUAGCAGUAGACGGGGAAAUAAGAGCUUAGAUGGAACUGUUAAUCUCCAUAUAUGGUAUGGCUGGUGUGGUUUCACUACUGAUGACUUACGACGAGAUCCAACAUUCCCAAGGCAACCAAAUACACGAACGACUUUGAGCGAAUUAAAAGUACAAAGAACCCAUUUCAAACAGUUCRGUGGGAAAAGAAUGUUUGGUUAUAUCCAUCCACCUAAAACAGGUUUGUAUCAAUUUUUCAUCAGUUCAGAGGACUCAUCAGAUCUUUGGCUCAGUUCAGACGAUGAUCCAAUCAAUACAAAGAUGAUAGCAUACUUAGGAGAGGCAUCUAAUGCACAAGGAGCAAGAUCUAAUCAAGGUAAUUAUUCACAGCUAUCAUCACAGCAGUCGGAGAAUAUAAGCCUUAUUGAAGGUAAAGCGUACUUUUUCGAAGUUUACCAGAAGAAAAAAUACCCAUAUGACCAUCUGCAAGUAGCGUGGAGGUUACCAGAUAGUAAUGAAACACAAGUUAUUGGCUCAAGAUUCUUGUCACAGUAUAUUGAUGAGUCUUUGACUACGAGCAGACAAGAAUGUUUGAUGAAUAACGUUUCUGGACUGAACUUAAGAUACAAUGAGAAUAACAGAUUUCAGAAUCCCGACGUUGUCGAUGACUUUUUCAUCAGAGCUGUGGUACUUAACGACUCGAGAGUGGAGAGUGCUCUUCCUACAUGCCCAUACCAACCAAAAUAUCUACUAAGAAACAUUACGUGGAAAUACACAUCUCAUUAUGUUAUUCAGAAUAGUUUGGUUUAUCCUGAUGAUAAGACGUCCCUUUUCCGCAAUACUAAUAGCUACAAGAAAGGCAAUGAGAUUAUUCCUGAAGGGGAGGCCAAAAAUGUUGCUGAGAGCUACUUGAACACUUUGAAUGCACAAACAAGAAACAGAUUCGAGCUGAACCGAAUCGCUCACAUGACAGCCAAGUAUGAUCCUGACGGCGGUGUUCGCUACUUUAUGGAGCUGGACCUUAAAGAUCAAGAAAACGGUCAAAGUGUUCGUUUGUCUAGAAAUCUUUACAGUCCUUCACGAGAAAAUGCAUCCAAACUUUGUUAUCCAGAGGGGUACGUAUGGAAAAGGACCACGCCCAUUUAUAUGUUAAUUACAGUAAUGAAUUAUGGAUUCUGGAUAAAAGAUUUGAUAUCCCAACUCUCACGGUUUUACAAGGAAGGAAUCGAUCGUAACAUUUAUCUAAUGGUCACAGACUUUAACAGCACAGAUGUCAAUCUAACAGAAGUACUGGAUAACAGUGAUAUUAGAACAAGGUAUACCAUAAUARAAAAAAGUGGACCAUUUUGGAAGACACAUGGUUUAAAUGCAGCUGCUGCCUUAGUCAAGGAUCCAGACAGCAUUGUAUUUACCAUGGACCUUCAUUUAAAACUUCCAACAAGUUUAUUCGACGCCAUUCGAAAGCACACGAUCCAAGGAAAGACAAUCUUCACUCCAAAAGUUGUCAGACUGGAGUGUGGCUAUUCUCCUAAACAUCCACAAGGCCUUUGGGAAGCCUGGGGGUACGGCCUACUUGCUGCGUACAAAUCAGAUUGGGACAGGAUUGGUGGGAUGGACGAGCAACAAUUUAGAUACAAAUGGGGCGGAGAAGAUAAUGAGAUAAUGGACAGAGCUAUAAAUACUAAACUAGACGUUGAGAGAUUAUGCCUUCCAAAGUUGUACCAUUUUUUUCAUCCCAAAGAUCAAGAAUGGUAUGAGAAUACAAACGCUAAAAGAAAUAUGUAAUUAUAUUAGCUGAAAUUAAGUUUUAUUGCAUUUGAAAGUCGUUGUUUUUGUUUGAAUGAAGCAAGUGUCGAGMAUCAAGAACAGAUCCAGGGGUUCAUUAGGG